GCCCCACGGCCGUUGGUGGGAAGCCGUUGGUUGCGCGCGCAGCCCCUCCGGGUUUUUUUAGGGAACCGCCGCCGCUGCCGCCGCUGCUGGGAUGGGGAUGGGGAGGGCGUGCGCCUGGCUUCUGCUGGGGCUCUUCGCCUCCGCCAUCACCUUGGGAGCGAGCCAGAAGUUCGCUCCUUACCCCGACAUCAACAACAAGACCUUUAUCAAAGAGUAUGUCGACGCCCACAACAAAUUCCGGAGCGAAGUCAAACCCAGCGCUGCAAACAUGCUGUACAUGUCAUUUGAUGUGGCUUUAGCUAGAAUAGCUAAAGCUUAUGCAAAGAAAUGUAUCUGGGAUCACAAUGAAGACAGGCAUGUCCAUCCAGAUCCUAAAUUAAGGCCUUUUGGAGAAAACAUGUGGAUGGGAGGUGCCAGCAAAAGACCAUUUAAUGUUGCUGCUGCAAUUGGAGCCUUUCACUCAGAGAUAAAAUACUAUGAUUUCAGUACUCACAAAUGUACACAUGUGUGUGGUCAUUAUACUCAGGUUGUUUGGGCUUCUUCUUAUAAAGUUGGCUGUGCUAUUGCUUUCUGCCGUCGUGUGGUUGGAGGGGGAAAGAAUGGGGGAAUUCUAGUGUGUGAUUAUGCUCCAGCGGGCAACUAUAGAGGAGUUCGUCCUUACAAAGCAGGGAGGCCAUGUAGUGAGUGCCUACCAGGAGACACAUGCCAAAAUAAUCUCUGUAGAAAUCCACAACGUGAUCAGGACAAUACCAGUUAUGCAAAUUGGUAUCCACCAUUUAAACUCGAGAUAAGGUGUGAUAAAGUAUGUAUUGCUGUUGCGGUUUUAAGGCCUUUGUUAAUGUUCAUAGCAUUUAUAGCUGUUUAUUUUUUAAAACUCUAUUAUCCUGGAUUAAAUUUCCAAAAAUAAUUGUUCAUAUUUAUGCAGCUCACAAAAACAUUCCUGUGAUUUUUUUAAGUAACUAACUGAUACAGUUUACAUAAAGGAUGUAAUCAUUUUCCUGUGUUUUCAAUUUAAAUUAUAUAAUUUCAUUGUUCUUAUGUUACCUUGAAUAUUUCUCUAAUAAAAAAAACACAUGUCUUAAGAAAAUGUUGAAUAUUUUUAAAUCAAGUAGGUACUGUUACAAAAUAAAACAAGGGAUAACCACAUGUUAUUUGCCACUAUGUGAAAAUAAAGGCCAGUCAUCUUUAACUUUAACUAAUAAAUGCUUUUGAAAUUUAUUGUA